UGUUCGGCCGUUACGGGCUCAGUUGCAUUGCGCGAGCGUUGGUGUUGCUACAAAGUGGCGACAAUUGCCCGGAGAUAUUUGAGAUACUUUGUGCGUUUUUACAGUGAGUGGAGCUGCGAUUCGACCAGCAAGAUGACCGGGGAGGCGAAAAUUAUAUCCGGCACGUUGGUGGCCAAGAAUAUACGCGAGGAAUUGUGUCGCGAGGUUAAAGCUUUGCGGGCAACGCAUGAAGCAUUUGUGCCGGGAUUACGCAUUGUCCAGGUGGGCGGACGGGAGGACUCCAAUGUCUAUAUACGCAUGAAGAUCAAGGCGGCCACGGAGAUCGGCAUCAAUGCCCUCCACGUGCAACUUCCACGCUCUAUCACCGAAAUGGAGCUGCUCGAUAAGGUGCGAGAACUGAAUGCGGAUCCCCAGGUGCAUGGCAUCAUUGUCCAGAUGCCCCUCGACUGUGAGGCGAGCAUCGAUGCUCAUCGGAUUGCGGAUGCAGUCUCGCCUGCCAAGGAUGUGGAUGGUCUGCAUACGUUGAACGAGGGUCGUUUGGCCACCGGAGAUCUGACUGGAUUUCUGCCCUGCACGCCAUGGGGCUGCCUCGAGCUGAUCCGUCGCACGGGCGUCGAAAUUGCCGGAGCCCAUGCUGUGGUUCUCGGACGCAGCAAGAUUGUGGGCACUCCGGCGGCUGAGCUGCUCAAGUGGAGUAAUGCGACGGUGACUGUAUGUCACUCCAAGACACGCAAUCUGGAGGAGAUUACACGCAGCGCGGACAUCCUGCUCGUGGGCAUCGGUGUGCCGGAGAUGGUGAAGGGUUCGUGGAUCAAACCCGGCGCUGUUGUCAUCGAUUGUGGCAUCAAUUGCAAGCCAGACGCCAGCAAGGCAAGUGGCACCCGACUGGUGGGUGACGUGGAUUACGAGCAGGCCAAACUGGUGGCGGGAUACUUGACACCUGUGCCUGGAGGAGUGGGACCCAUGACCGUGGCCAUGCUGAUGAAGAACACGGUGGCAUCGGCGACCAGGGCUGCGGCACGGGCCAACCGCAAAAGCUGGCAGCUCCAGCCGUUGCCCCUGCGCCCGGCAAGACCUGUGCCCAGCGACAUUGUGAUUGCCCGGGCUCAGAGACCGAAGAAUAUUGGACAUCUGGCCGAGGAGAUUGGUCUGGAGCCGAACGAGGUGUCGCUGUAUGGCAGUAACAAGGCGAAGAUCUCGCUGAACGUGCUGCAGCGUCUCCGGACACGUCAGGCGGGCAAGUACGUGGUUGUUGCCGGCAUCACGCCCACUCCGCUGGGCGAGGGCAAGACGACGACGCUGAUGGGUCUGGUGCAGGCGCUGGGAGCGCACAGGCAACGCAAUGUGGUUGCUGCACUGCGUCAACCGUCGCAGGGACCCACAUUUGGCAUCAAGGGUGGUGCCGCCGGCGGUGGCUAUGCCCAAGUCAUACCCAUGGAGGAGUUCAAUCUGCAUCUCACCGGAGACAUUCAUGCCGUCUCUGCAGCCAACAAUCUGCUGGCCGCUCAGCUGGACACACGCAUCUUCCACGAGGCAACGCAGCUGGACAAGGCUCUCUACCAGCGGCUGGUGCCAAAGGUCAAGGGUCAGCGCAAGUUCAGUCCCAUUCAGCUGCGGCGUCUGCAGCGUCUGGGCAUUGACAAGACCGACCCGGACGAGCUCACGGAAACGGAGUACGGCAAGUUUGCGAGACUUGACAUUGAUCCCGAGACGAUCAUGUGGGAGCGUGUGGUGGACAUCAAUGACAGGUAUCUGCGGGAUAUUACCAUUGGCCAGUCACCCACCGAGAAGGGAUUAGUCCGCAAGACCCGUUUCUCCAUCGCCGUGGCCAGCGAGAUUAUGGCUGUGCUGGCACUGUCCGGCUGCCUGGCGGAUAUGAAGAAACGUCUGGGUGAGAUGGUGGUGGCCUUUAACAAGUCCGGUCAACCGGUGACUGCCGAUGAUCUGGGCGUCACGGGCGCCUUGGCUGUGCUCCUCAAGGACGCCAUGGAGCCGAACCUGAUGCAAUCUUUAGAGGGUACGCCCGUCCUGGUGCAUGCGGGACCCUUUGCCAACAUUGCCCACGGCUGCAACUCGAUCAUUGCCGACGAGAUUGGCCUUAAGCUGGUUGGCAGCGAUGGCUACGUCUGCACUGAGGCGGGCUUCGGUUCCGAUAUUGGCAUGGAGAAAUUCUGUAACAUCAAGUGCCGCAGUUCUGGUCGCAAUCCCGAUGCCAUGGUGCUGGUGACCACGGUCAGAGCCAUUAAGAUGCACGGCGGUGGUGCACCAGUCACGCCGGGUGCACCACUCAACAAACAGUAUACGGAGGAGAAUCUGGAGCUGCUGGAACAGGGACUGCCCAAUCUAUUGCAGCACAUCUCCAAUGGCCGAGCCUUUGGCAUGCCCGUCAUUGUGUCCAUCAAUGCCCACGUGGCCGACACGCCGGCCGAGCACAAGCUGCUGAAGGAUGCCGCUCUAAAGGCAGGUGCCUUUGCUGCCGUCGUAUCCACCCACUGGUCAGAUGGUGGUGCCGGCGCUGUGCCUCUGGCCGAUGCCGUCAUCGAAGCCUGCAAGCUGCCGAACAAGUUUAAGCUGCUCUACGACCUGGAACUGCCGCUGGUGGACAAGAUGAACAAGAUCGCGCAAACCAUGUACGGUGCCGCCAAGGUGGAGCUAUCCCAGGAAGCAUUGAAGCAGGUUCAACGCUUGACCGACGCGGGCUAUGGCAAGUUGCCCAUUUGCAUGUCCAAGACUUCCGGCUCUCUCACUGGCGAUGCGAACAUUAAGGGUGCACCCAAGGGAUUCACCUUGAAUGUGGAGAAUGUCUAUGUCUCCGCUGGCGCUGGUUUUGUGGUGGCCAUGUGCGGGGAUAUUACCAAAAUGCCAGGACUCUCCACUCGCCCGGCUAUCUAUGACAUCGAUCUGAAUACCGAAACUGGACAGAUUGAGGGACUCUUCUAAAACGAUUUCCAAAAAUUUAAAUAAAUAUCUGUGUAAAUUAUAGCUGUAAAA